AUGAUGUUUCUAUCCUCUCAGUACGGGAAUGAUAUCGAUUUGAAAACGCUUCAGAGUCGCGCUACUGUCCAACGCGCGUACGAGGUCUACCGUGGUACGGACAAAACUGGGGAGCUACUCUUCAUUGAAGUCUAUCCGGAUUGUCUAUUGAUUCGAAAUCUUGCAGGAUUCAUCUUGGAUCGUUGGUGGUACGACCAGGUGAUCAACGUGACCUGCCGUCGACAUAAAAAUAUUCUCUGUGUAUCCUAUCGUGUGCACAGGAAACCCAUUGUUCAUUCGUUUUACACAACACGAUGCGAAACUUUGUACCAGGCAAUUCAAAAAGCCAUGGAACAGGUGUCUGUGGAAUUACAACGAGGACCUCUCAGUGGUGAUUUGAACGGAGAGCUGAAUGUGAUCAAUCUGGCUGAUGGUUCGGCCGGCGUCAUCAAAAUUACUCCGGAUGGAUUUUACAUGAAGUUUAACCAAAAUGAGCCGAAAUUGAUUGGCCCUCAAAUUGUUUUGUAG